AUGAACAUGAAGACACAUUUGUUCCCUCCAUUGCAAAAGUUCCUAAAUCUUACAUGCUCAAUAUAGCUGUUUCUUUUACUAAUGACACGCCUAAAGUGGCCAUGCCGAAGAUUUCUGUAAUUAAAGAAGAAGAAAAGGAUAACAAAAAGGUAGAUUAUGAAGAUGGUAAACAAAAUAUUAGAGCCUGUUCGGUUCCUCGCCCACGGGCGGUCUUAUCUAGUCCUGAUAAUGACUUGGCGAUCGGUAACAGAAACAGAAGCAAAACUGAACGAUUAUCAGUUCUGAAGACUAGUAAGUUGCCUCAAAACAGACAUUCACAAUGUAAGGUUGUUCCAAAUACUUCAGAGAAUUCUGUGAACACAAAAAAGUCCAAGGAGAGUCACGAUGAUAGCAAUCUCAAAGGAAGGAAAGGACCAGUAAUAACAAGUCCUACUCAGAAACGACAAAGUAGAACUGAGAAACCAGCCACAACAAGAACUUGAUUGUUCUAUAUUUGCUAUUGCCAUUAUGGGAUCAGUGCUUAUAUAUGAGUGACCAUAAUCUUAUAUAGCAUACUUGAGGAUGGUAUGCUUUGUUGUAAUCAUCUUCAACAUAAUAUGAGCAAAAGUUUUG